GUAGGAUGAUCUUCCUUGUACUAAAGUAAUUUGCCUUGUUUUCCCAUCUUCUUGCAACAGACCUUUUGCAAUAUAUAGCUGGCAAUUGCUAAAAUAAUGGAUGGAGAAGCCUUUGUCCAGAAUUUAGUGCAUUCUAAGAACCACAGCAGAAGUCUCAGACUACCACUACCAGCUGAAGAAUGGUUGAGAUAGAAACAGACAUAGAGAAAACAUUUCUAAACAAACUAUGGAAGCUGAAAGAAACACAUUUUGCUUUACAUAUUUAAUUCUGUAAAACAUGGGUACCACUGAAAUGCCCUUUUGGCCAUGGAGAAGGAAGUGAUGAGGGGGGAGUGGUUGGAUUUGGUGGAAUGGCUUCAUUCAGACAAACUGCGAGGCAAUCGUUAGCGCACAUGGAAAUUAAUCAAGAGUGGAAUGAGGAGGAAAUGGCCUUCCUGGUAUCAGCGCUUCAUAUUGGGUUACAGCACAAGCCCCUCCCAUCUGUCUGGGUUUGUACUAAACCCCUCAGCUGCUGCACAGAGAGAGCUCGCACUAACUAACAUACACAUAGGGGGGAAAAAAGACAGAAGAUGGCUGACUGUUUUGGGCAUCGGGAACCUCCUUUGGCAUCCCCGGGAAUGACAACUCUUGUGCUUCACCUGUAGAAAAAAACCCGCUCCAGCCCAUAUAUCGGGCAGUAUCUAUCGCAAAUAUUGACAGCAAUAAUAGAAAACAUGGCAGAGAUGGAGAAAGAAGGUAGACCCCCUGAAAAUAAAAGAAGCAGAAAACCUACUCACCCGGUGAAAAGAGAAAUAAACGACGAAAUGAAGAGUUUCGCAGAGAACACUAUGAACGAGCUCCUUGGCUGGUACGGCUAUGAUAAAGUGGAAUUAAAAGAUGGGGAAGAUAUUGAGAUUAACAACUACCCUGACGGUGAGAGCCGGCAGCACAUCUCUGUUUUAAAAGAGAACUCCUUGCCAAAGCGGAAACCCUCUGAAGACAGAGGGAGCUCGCCUACUAAUGCAAGCAGCAGUUAUUCUGGAGCAGCCGUGGGGAAUGGAAUGGCAGAGUCGUCGUCUUCUUCUUCCUCCUCCUCGUCAUCAUCAUCCGGGUUAAAGGAUCAUGGGAAAAUGCCCAUUAUUGUUCCAUUGAUUCCUCCGCCCUAUAUCAAACCACCAGCAGAGGACGAUGUAUCGAAUGUUCAGAUUAUGUGCGCCUGGUGCCAGAAAGUUGGAAUCAAGCGCUACUCCCUGAGCAUGGGCAGUGAGAUGAAAAGCUUCUGCAGUGAGAAGUGUUUCGCUGCGUGCCGGAGAGCCUACUUUAAACGCAACAAGGCUAGAGACGAAGAUGGACAUGGUGACACAUUUCCCCAGCAGCACUAUUCUAAGGAAACGCCAAGGCUUGUCUUCAAGAUUAACAACGAUGUACUUGUGUGCGACUGGUGCAAACAUAUAAGACACACAAAAGAAUAUUUGGAUUUCGGAGCUGGGGAGAGGAGGCUUCAAUUCUGCAGUGCCAAAUGUCUCAACCAGUACAAAAUGGACAUUUUCUACAAAGAGACCCAGGCCAACCUACCAACUGGCCUCUGCAACCCAGGGCACCCUCCGACUGAGAAUAAACCUGAGAGCAGCAGCAUGCAGCUCCUGACGCCUGAGUCCUGGAACACUCCUCUGGGUGACCUGCGACGAAAGGCUCCAUCUCCUGGGGUUCCGAUGGCUGGGCACAAUCAAGCUCCUGGGCCAUCAGGAUCCACGUCUCCAUCAGAGUCUGCUGCCGCCUAUUCCUCUGCCAAAAUCUCCACACCAGGGCCCAGGCCACACGAGAGCCCCACCCUUCCCCCGCCGAUACCUCUCCCUCCCCCACAUAUGGCGGUCCCACCUGGAAGUCCGCACAUGGUGAUGACCAACCGUGGGCCUGUGCCUCUGCCCUUCUUCAUGGAACACCAGAUGAUGCAGCAGAUGCAUCCGCCUUUCCUCCGAGCGCCCCACACUCCAAGCCCAAACAGUCCGCUUUCCAAUCCCAUCAUUCCUGGGAUCGGUCCACCACCACCUCCUAGGAACUUAGGUCCAACCUCGAGUCCCAUGCACAGGCCAAUGCUUUCCCCGCAUAUACACCCGCCCUCCACCCCAACUAUGCAUGGCAACCCUCCAGGGUUGAUGCCACACCAUCUCGGAGCCCCUAUGCCGGGCUUACACUUCCCUCCAAUCAACAUGAUGCCAAACGGCCACAUGCCGAUGCCACAGAUGAUGAACUUUGGUGUGCCAUCGCUUGCCCCAUUGGUGCCGCCUCCCACUCUCCUGGUGCCAUAUCCGGUCAUUGUUCCUCUCCCAGUCCCCAUCCCUAUUCCCAUCCCUAUUCCCUUUAACUCCAAGGCCCCAGGUGGUUCACCUGGCAACAGCAAGAAAAUCAUUCCACGCACCUCCUCUGAAGGAAUUGAGUCCAAGGAAACCAGGCCUUUCUCUUCUGGCAGCAUCGAUGAUGGAGAGACCAAACAAGGGCCAUCAAAAUCCACUGAACUUUCCCCAGGCUGUAUCCCAGGCCACUCAUGUCGCCAAUCCACCCUCCUUGAACAGAGCAAGGCUGAGGUAGUUGAUUUCACAGUCAAACCAGAGAGCCCGGUCAAAGCCGUGUUCUGCCCAUUGAACUCGUCUGCUGUCCUUCACGAUGGUGUCAUAGACCUGACAACAGGCCAUCGGUCCAGACUCCAGCAUGUAAUCCAGCGGGCGCUGCCAGUUGCACAGGUGAAAGUGGAACACGAGCCCCAGAGCAUCCUCAACCUAGCUUUCCCGGGCCACGACAAGAGGAACUGCAGCAGGGGUCACAACAAUUGCAGAGACAGUUGCAGUCCUGUUAACCCCAUGGCUUUGCCCUACAGUGAUCCAGCGCAUUGUGGGGCCGCACCACCACAAACGCAGCAGCAGCAGCAGCUCGUUUCUAGCAGUUCAGGGUUGGAGCCCAGUCCGAUAGCCACUUGCAACGUUAUCGUGAACGGCACAAAGACUGCAGAUGUUUCCAGUAAGAGCGGCUCCCUCGAGCAGCGGCCAGAACCCCGAAAGACGCCACCGCACCCAGACGAGCCGGCGGUCAGUGAGCUGGAGUCGGUGAAGGAGAACAACUGCACGGGGGCCACUGGCUUUCAGCUAGAGCUGGACACAGGUAAGAAGGCUUCAUCAGACGAGGCGCUGGCUGGCGGGGACAAGCAGGACCCCAACCUGAACAACCCCGCCGACGAGGACCAUGCCUACGCACUGCGCAUGCUGCCCAAGGCCGGCUGUGUCAUCCAGUCUGUGCCAAAGCCGGCAGAAAAGACUGCCUUAGCGCCCUGCGUCAUUCCCACGCCCCUUCUCAGUGCAGGAACUGAGGACAUUGAGCUGCCACUAAAGAGGAGGUGUCUACGAAUUCGAAAUCAAAACAAAUGAAAAAGGAGCGAAGAGUGACGGCGUUCCUUUGAAGGACGAGCACUGAUCCGCUGUGUCUCUUUGCAGACAACACCAACUGCCCUUACUCCACUCCCUCGAGCCACAGUCAAACUGGUCAACAGACUUCCUGCUGCAUCGCCUCGUACUGGACGGGGACUGUAAUCAAAGACCUAAGGCGACAAACAUGUGGAAGCACUUCCCUCUGAGGAACCCCGCGUUUGUGCAGUGACAUCAAUGACACCCACCACCUGAGUAAGCUGCUGUAACAGGCCGUUGUCAAACCAACACUGAGGACAUUCCUAUUUCCAUCCCUUUCUGUUCUUGCUUGAUUUUCCCGAUGUCCAUCCUCGUCUCGUGUUAGACAGAGGUACUUUUUUCCUUCGACUCUUUUUGAAGGUCUAAAUUAAUUUAAAAUUGGAGGCUGGGGGUAAGACUUAUUUUUAUGUAAGUGCUGUCGUUUUCGCUGCUAAACCUUCUUGUCAGCACUCAUUAUUAACCCCCGCUACAGGUACUGAACUUGUAUUUUAUCAUAUCAAGGUUUAGAUUUAGCCGUUAGUGGUCAAACAAAACUACCAUGGAUGGACUUUUUCAACAAAGCCUAUGCAUUAUUCUGUAAAUAGUCUUUUAUCUGAUUAUAAAGACCUGUUUUGGUUCAUAUUUUUUAUUUUUAUUUCAAUGGCAUAUCUCCAGUGUUACACUUUUAAUUUUUUUUUGUGUGUAAUUUAAUGUGACUCUUUUAAGAAGGCGCUUGUACAGUUUAUACUGCAGUUAUUUUGUGAAACGUGUGUGCCAAAAGAACUUGGUAAAUGUUGAUUCUCCUCCGAUUGCCCUUGCCACUCCUCACCAACCCUCCAACACUUUGGGAACAGAGCAAUAGUUUUGAACUGAAGACCAAAACUCCCACAAGGUGUAAAACUAGCCAAACUAGGUGAACAUUUGCUGGGCGUCACAAAAAAAAAAAAAAAAACGGCUUGAUUUUCACCCUUGAUGGCGUUCAGUGAUCCAGGAAACCAUUGAGACAAUCUCUCUAUAUGCAUUAGUCUUUCAUGAUAAUUAGAAUGGUAUGGAUAAACCAAUGUAAACAAGGGGUGUGGAUGUGGGACUGCCAUGAUUCUGUUUCACUGUUUGCUUUUUCUUAUCAUGGUUAAAAGAAAAUGUGCAAUUGAAUCCUCAGACACUGGGUGGAGGAUAACAGGGUAGAACUGAACUGGUGUGCAUUUGUACAGGUGUAGCCAGUCCAAAAGUACAAUAGAACAUGUGUGACUUCCACUGGAAUGGGAAGGCUUUUUUUUUUUUUUUUUUGUACAAAACUGGUGUAGCAAAUCCUGGUUGUGUUGCUUUCUAUUCAUUGGCAACUAAACACUGUGCUCUAUCCCAAGUGUCCAGCUGUGUCUUUAUUGAAUUAACUUUUACUCUUUUUUUUUUUUUUUGUCUGUUGCAAAUCAUCAAGUUGUCACUGAUAUGUUUUCCUCUAAAGACCUGGUACGACACGUCAAGGCUUAAACAAUGGAUUAUUGUACUGUAAAUUACUACCAGUGUCACUUUAGAUUGGUGCUUUUAUUACACCCAUGACUAACUGAAAACUAAGCAAGGAACAGAUUACAUGCUCCCUUCUGUGAUUAUUGCACAUGGCAUGCAGUAAUAUGUCAUAAUGGCUGUCUUUGUUGGCAAGUAUGUUUGAAACAUAAGGGCCCUGAAGUUAAAGGUAUUUUUAAUGUAGAAAGUUUCUCCAAUUAAACCACUUUUAAAGCCUAUUACAGGUCAGACAAAAAAACAAACAUAGAAAUAAUCACUACAAGAUUAACACCAUGUUAAAUUAAAAUAAGCCUUGCUUAAAAUAUAGUUGAAUAAGAAAAAAAAAUCCCUAAUAAUAAAUAUUUUGGGGAUUGGAGUUCAAAUGUUGUUUUUUUUUUUUUUACACUUAGAGGCAGAAGGUAGUGAAAAGGAAAACCAAGAAAUUUAAACUCGAAACAUGAUCUGCCACUUCACAAGAUAAAAAGAUAACAGUGUUGAAUAGUCUUUUGUAUUUGAAUUUCCUCAUUUUAAGGCACUGUUGACAUCUCGCUUUCAUGCAACCAAUCUGAAAUGAGGAUUUCUUCAGUAAGUCGCAGUAUUAUACAGCCUACUGGGAGACCUUCUACCCCACACUGCUGGAACUUCAUUUCAUUUGUUCUUUAAAGCAGCUCUUGGGGUGGCACCAACCCUAGAGUGACAUCAUCUCUGGGGAUGCUAUAUUCCUCCCCUGCCCUAUCACUGUCAGGUCUCACAUAUCACUUCCACAAUGUGUUUCUGAUUGCAGUCAAAGAACCUCUUGCAGUUUAUUGAAAUUGAAGCACACUGGUUCAAGUAUCAAAUACAUCUAGCGCUCAGUCACAUGCUUGUCCAACAUGAGUAACAAUGUACAACCAAUGAGCUUUCUUUCUAAGAAAUACUGCAUUUCUUAUGAGGCGCUAUUCAGACUUCCAGAUCUAGGUGGACACUCUUCACAUCACUCCACUAACAACAUUCAGUUUUAGUAACAUGCAAUAAGCUCUUAACUGGUAAAUAACUUUAAAUAGCAUUUUUGUUAUUGAACUAGGUGUGCUCCAUGCUGUGAUGGCAGCACCUCUCGUUAUUUUUAUGAGUAGUAGUUUCUUGAUAAAACAUCACCAUUGUGCUACAGUGUUAGAAGAUUAUUUUGAACUGUUAAUGUACUAAUAAUGGACUCGUCAGUGUAGAAAGUAUUGAAGAAAACGUGCCAGUAAUAUAUAGGUUAUUAGAAGAUAUUAUUCCGAUAGUAUUUGCUGCUAGAACAAACAAAGACCAGGGGUUAUUCAGUUGUCCGCAGGAUCUGUAACUAGAAGUCUCGCCUCUCAUUUCACUCACUUUUUUGAAUGCUAUUUUCCCGUCGGGUUUACACUUGGCACCAAAUUCAACUCUUGAUGUAGAAGUUGACUUCUCAGUAUACAGAAGCUUCCUUUCAUUAAUUGUGCAAAAGUGGAGUAAUAGUUGUAGUGAUUCAAUUAGCACAUUACUAACUGAAAAUUGAUUCUGACUGGCAACCUUGAUUUAAGGUACCCAUAAAGGCAAAUUGCAUUAUGUUUCCUGGCCUCCAGCAAGACCAUCUUGAUUUGAGUAGAAUUCCUUAGUAAAUGCUGUAAGGAGAGGAGAGUGACAUGCAUGUGAUCAUGUUUCCUCUUGGCAGCCUAUCCUCAUAAAAAGCCUGUUCAUUUUUUCUUUAUUUAACUUAUCACCACAAGUGUUCAUAUUUGCCAAUUUGUUUUGUUAUUUUCAAAACCCUGUUUGUUUGCUUUUUUACUAGGUUGCUUUCGAAUAAAAUACAUUAUUAUGUAAGGCCUCCUGUUUUUGCAUUGCUGGUAUGCUCAUAUGCCAUUGCCAAGGCAAGAAUGCAACCAGACACUUUAAUACUUUUCUUUCUCAGGAAUUUAGUUUCAUGAGGGUUUAAUUGUUUUGUUUAGCUUUUCAGUCUGAUUGUUACACAUUUUAGUCUUCUCCUUUUAAACCUCGAUCCAUCGGUGUGUUUUAUUUUUUCUGGUGUAACUUUCCAGAAAUGUUAUAUCUGCGUAGCAGCUUACUGCAGCCUGUUUGUGUCACGGUGUCAGUGAGAUGAAAGGAACGCCAAAUCCGAGCAGCUCCACAAACUCUGACUGAUUCUCUACACGGCAGCAAUACUCUGUCUAUCCCUGGUAGGAAGACAAUCUUUCAAAGUUGGAGAGGUGCUAACUUUUAUCUCUUGAUGACAAGACUGAAGCGAGACGGCUGAAGACUUGUAAAAUUGCCAAACAUUUUUUUUUUUUUUAUAGUUUUUAUAUUUGGUUCCUAGUUUUCUUUUAUCCUCCUGCCUUUGUUGAACAGUUUCCCGUGUAACUAGAGCCAAGGACUGGAGCCCAGUGUCCAGAUUAGAGAUUGUUGACUCAGAUUCAGUGGUGAAACAUGAGUCGGGCUCUGUUGAUCAGGAGGCAUUUACGCCAAGUUGGGGAUCCAAUGUCGGGCUAAUUAUUGCUUCUACAUAAACAUUUCUAUAUUUACAGCCUCUUCACUUUUCCUGCUUCAGCCACUUUCAAUGAAAAAAGCCCCCCCUCCCCCCUUCCUGUUUAGGAUGCCAUCUGAACCUUUGUUUAUGCUGAAUAGCGGUUAGCUUGGAAUGGGGAGAUGCUUCUGCGAAUACUGUAAUCAAGUCCCUGAUACACCUGCUUGAGGGCCCUAGUUUAAUUCCCCAGCUGCAGCUUGCAAUCUCUCUUUCGGCAGCCGCCUUAUUAAUCUGAUAUUCCCUAACUCCCUUUUUACCCUGUCGAUGGGUUUGUGAAAAUGACGGCCGUUCAUUCCGAUCACUGGCCAUCUUCCUCUUGUCGCCUACUAUUGUGCUUUUUGUGUACAGCUCAGAUGUGAUGCCAUCCUCCUGUGCAGCAACUCCAUAAACACGGAAAAGGAUGACCAAGGUUUUUUUCUGCAGUCUAAACAUGAUGUUGCCUUGCAAUACCAGGGAGAAUCUUCUCGGUCCAUAGCGCAGUGGCACCAUGCUUUGCAGUCACACUGUAUGCCUUUAACAGCUGUUUUUGAGCACAUGCGACUCAAGUAUAGAAGCUUUCGGGUGGUAUUUGAGGUCAUGGACUCUUUCUUACAGAUUGCAAAUUGUUACUUUUUUUGUCUCAUCGGGUCGAGAUGCUUCGAAGUCAUAACUGUCUGCCUGCUUGACACAAUUUCAGCUGAAACAAAGUGGGGAGGUGAUACAGUAAGAUCGCCCCCUUAGUCUGCUUUUGACUGAUACCGCUUCCUUAGAAAGGCACAGUCAAGCAGCAAUGCUAUUCCAGUGAAUUCAUACAUGUUGAAUAAUUGGUGCACAACAGCCUAACCUUUGCUGUGACCUGACUAGGUUAGAUGAUUCAUUCUCUUCCUACACAUGCUGUGGGGCAUUUACUAAUCAGAUGUUUUACAUGCUGUCAUAAUUAUCAGACUUGUAAAGGGGUUUCCUGCAGGCUAUAGUGUGCAGCACAAUUUUAUAUGAUUGAUUUUUACCAAGAUGUCAAAGGAAAAAGCACACAGUACUAGAGCACUGUAUAUAUGGUAGCAUUAAGGAGUAAUAUUAAACGAUUAAUUCAUUGUUUGUUUGUUUUUUCAAGCAAGAUCCAACAUUGCCAACAUACAGAACUACCUAAUCUAUCCAUUGAUUCAACCCAGGUCUAUGUGCUUGCCAACAGGGUGCAUGCAUACAAAAGCGGUGACUUUGUCAGCUUUGCUUAAAUGAAUGAAUUAAUAAAUACCAUCAGCUAGAUUUUAUACAUGAAGCUGAUGAAAAACCCCAGACUAGAAAUUACUUCAGAGAUGCAAUCAAGAGGUUAAUGUGUAGGAUACAUUUAAGAUAACAGUUUAAUAAGACAAUUUCGUUUCAACCCAUGGCUUAUAUGGGUAUAUUUCCACAGCUUUGAACCUUGAACAACCAAUCCGAGAGCAGGGUUUGUAAUAGCUAUUUUAUAAUUAGGUCUGUGGUAAACCUUAAUCUAUUACCUGAAGGAGUCAAAAUUAGAGCUAUGAGAUGUAAAUGCCAAAGCAGCUGUGUAACAACCUAACCUCAUUUUUCUAAACAUUACUGGUAAAAUCAAAACAUGACAAAUGAAAGCUUACUGUGAAUCCCAGAUGCACUCUGAGAGAAUGGAAAUGUUAACUGAGCCUAGAUGUGCUGAUAACUGGGCAGGAUUCUGGGUGAGAUAUAAAGAUAGAAAAUUUAAGAGAGUUCAGCUUUACUGCAGUGGUGGUGUGUUUGUAUUUAAAAAAAAAAAAAAAAAAAAACCUGUUCAGGCAUUGCACGUGUUUUAAAAUCAAGCUGUUUUUUUAUUUUUUUUAUUUGAUAUUUAUGUUUUUCUGUGGAUAAAGUAAAACAGAUGCUGAAUUUACUGAUGAGUUGUUGUAUCUACCCAAGGACUGCCUAGCUCUUACUGUUCUGGAGUCUAGACAUCAGUGUGUUCACUUUUAUACCACCAGUGUAGUCCAGAACAGGUGCUAUACCUGUUUUCAGCUUCUUAAUUGGGAGCGCCAUUUGAAGAACUGUAUAUUUAUCGUAAGAAUUUGAUUGUCCGAACAAAUGGAUUCAGCUAAUACUGUAUCACCUCGUCCUAGUGACUUUGGAUAACAGAGCAGAGUCAGCAUCUGUCCUGGAAACUGUAACACAACUGUAACAUUUACCAAACACAGCUUCACUAUAAAACAACGAAUAAAAUCGUUACACACAGACAGCUAACCGAAAGCAACACGUUUAGAAUAACAAGAGCUGUAAUGUGCUGUAACACUUUAAAACGGCAGGGUCUCACAAUCGUGUUUGAUUUUUCAUUGUUACAAUGCGAUUCCUGGGUGAAUGUUCACCACUUUCUUCCACUCGGCUCCAUUGUUGGCAUACCAGUUUGUUUACAUUAUGCAAGGUCAUUUUAGCUGUAGUUUUAACUGUAUGUGACAUUGCACAUUUAAAAUCACAAACAUGUCCUGGACAUACACACACACACACACACAUACAGGGGUCUACGAAGGGAGUCUGAAAUAUUGAAAGCACAGGUGUCGCAGGAACAUUCCAAAUAAAAUUUAAAGAAAUAGCAAAAGUUGAUACCAUGCCUUAAAAUAGGGAUUCUAUUCAUUAAAAUGUUUUAGAAUCAAAUUAUUAUGUAAAUGAAAAAAAUAAAAUAAAAAACCAUAUUGGGUCUGGUCGGUUUAAAAAUUAACUGCCAUUGAAAGGUGUAUUGAAAUAUAUCAUUAUACCACAAUACUCAUCACUCUGCAUUGGGUGCUUAAGACUGGGCACUCAAUCUGAAUUCAGAACGUAAAUUAAAGGCUAUCGAGGGACAAGGCUAGAUGAGUGAAGUUCAACUCGACUUAAAAAUGUUUAUUCAGGUAUACAAUGAAAAACAAAACCCUCACGGCAUUCUGUGAACAGCAAUUCAAAAGUGACCACUAGAUGUCAGUAUUGUUGUGGAUUGAUCCUUCUGUGUACUGAGCAUCAACAAAGACAAGUAAACGCCAAUGCCAUAUAAUAUAUGCACAUUGUAAUACAGAAUAUAUUUUGUGCUAUUGUCUGAACAGAAGUAUUAAAACUCUUAAACAUAUAGUACUAAAACGAAGGAUAGUGUGAAGAUUUGAAAACGACUUGCAGAGUUAAGAAGCUGCUUUAUUCUGCCAAUCUCUAUUGGAAAGAUAACUCAAUUCAAAACUGCAGACCAGUAAAAUACUCUUGUGUAGACCCAUAUACAUAUAUGCUCAUUGUUAUUUAUUUUUUAGUAUAAGACAGAAACUCUUUCAUAAGUCAUCUCAGGGUUAUCAUUCUGUAAAGUUACGUAGUGCUGAAAGAGUUCACUUAAAGUUGAAGGCUCUUAUUGAUGAUUUUCAAAUAAUUAUUCAUCAUUUCCCAUUGUUUUUCAAAGCUUUUGUUUUGUUGAAAAUAACACAUGUUGGCAGGUCGCUGUUCUUGUGUCAUUUUCACACUGAGAUUAAAGUUUAUUUGAGGGAAACAUAUGUUUUUUGUCUGUCCUUUGCACAAUGAUCCACCACCACAUGUGUUUCACAUAUUACAGAUUUACUGUAAACUAAAUAUUUGGAAACUAGCUGUGCCUUUUGAAAAUAACCUUUUUUUAAGGGAGUUCUUUUACAGAUAAAACAUAAAAGACAGCCUUUAUGUCAUACAACUGUUUAGAUGGCAUGGGCCCAAUUCCUAAAGUGAUUGAAUGCAGAUAAAUACAUGAUGAGACUGCAGUGACAUACCAUUAAAAUGAGGAAUGUGGUAACUCACAUACUACACAUCUUCACUAUUAACAUCGUUCGAUGAUUUAACGCUGUAACCCAUAAAGCAGUUGUUAAUUGUACUUCACAAUUUCUACCUGUGUACCCUACUGUACAGUAAAAAUGCAAUGUCAGGAUAUUUCUGAGAGGGGUAUGUUAACAACUUGUAUUAUGCAAUUAAAACCUUCCCAGUCCAGUGAACAGUCAACGUUUUUAUUUUUUUAAAUAGAAAAACUUUUUUUUUUUUUAAAGUUUCAUUUCAAAGGUGAUCAGAAAUGCUGUCUAUGUUUAUUGCUUGUGUAUUCUGCUGUUCUGGUUAUGCUUGCUUCAAUCCACUUUGUAUAUAAAAAAAAAAAAAGAAAGAAGAGAGACGAGAAAACUUUGUUAUUCUUGCUGGUAUUGUUGUAUACGUCUUCAGCUGUUCUGUGACUUGUUUGAACCCGAGAUUCUUGCUACACCCCCAUGCCCACUGUAUAUUUGACCUUGUGGUGGUUUAUAUCCCAUUUAUUUUGUGUACAUGCAGAACAUUUGAUAGUAUUAUUUAUUCAUAAAAAGUGUUUUCAUUUGCAGAGAAAAGAAUACAACGGGAAAGUUCUGUAGCUUGGGUGCAUAAUGAAUUAGAGGCCAAGGCCCUUGGCUUUUUCAUUGUUUCAUUUGUCACAUGGAUUGCUUUAACAGUUGCACUUUUGUGUUGUACCAGUAUUUGUGUUUUUUUCCCCUCCGAUGAAAUGCCUUUUAAGACGACAAUAAAUGGAGCCACACGUCA